AUGUAUACGGUACCACCAAGAAAGCCACGUGCACUUAUGCGUGAACGGAGUGAACAAGACAUUGGCAAUGCUCAAUGUCAAAAAUGUCUAGAAAAAGGUCAUUGGACUUAUCAAUGCACACGAAAACGAAAGUAUGUUGAACGUCCAUCUCGUACACAAAUUCUGGAAAAACGAAUUAAACAAAUACAAAAAGAUAAAGAAGAUGAACAAAAGAGUGCAAAUGAAUCGAAGAAAAAACAAAUGAUGAGUCAACUACAAACAAUUCAAUUCGAUAAAAAGAAAAAAGCCAAGAACGACGGCAAUGACGAUGGAAACUCAUCCGAUUCCAGUUCAAGUGGCUCAUCUUCCUCAUCCAGCAAUUCUUCAAAUAGUAGCAGCGAUAGUGAGAGCGACAAUAGCAGCAGCAGCAGCAGUAGCAGCAGCAGCGGUAGUAGUAGUAGUAGUGAUGGUGACUCAAGUGAUGAUGAAAAGUCACCUUCGGGCACGGACAACGAAUCGCCAAAAAAGAAAGCUAAAGUUUAA